CGGAUCGGAACAUAGUAACAUAGCAACUGGACUUCACAGUACAGGCUGCCGCUCAAAUAGGGGCUUCAGGAGAAGGACGGGGGUCGUCACCACUACCAGGCUUUCGACAGCGUGCAGAGUGGAGACUGUUGUUUUCAAGGCAAGACGCCUGCGACCAUGCCGUCAGUCUACCCCUCUGUGCGACCCGACGGUUCUCCUUCUUUGUUUGGACACGUUAGGGAUACAAAUAUCGUCUUUGUUGUUGACACAUCGCAAAGCAUGCAAGCCUACCUGAGUGCAACGAAGUUUCACCUGAAGGAAGCGCUUUUGGCUAAGGCCUAUACACUCGCCAGUCGCUUUAACAUUGUGGAAUUUUCCAAUAAGGUAUCCAAGUGGUGUGACCGUGUGGUAGUAUGUACUCCACAGACUGUGUCCAGUGCAGUGCAAUGGCUUCAGUCUCUCACCUGUGCACUGGGCAGGGAUCUGCUCAGUGCAUUAACAGCUGCAUUCAGUGACCCAUUAUGCCAGGCUAUCUACUUGGUGACAAAUGGUCUACCUGACAAUGCCUUAAAGGAUAUUUUGCACGUGCUGCCAUACAUAUCCCGCGGUCGGCCAAUACACACCUUCUACUUGUCUGAAAAAUGGCUGGACAGUGAAAUGCGAGAGUUCCUGCAGGGAAUCAGCAGGGCCACCCAGGGCAGUGCUCAUCUCAUUAGGCUCAACCACUGUGGAGCAAUCAAACAGGUGAUUCCUAUUUAUCCUGCAGACCACUCAAUCUCUGGGCCUCUAUACUCAGAUGUGAAAUACUGCAGUGUCACGACUCCGCUGGAUAAAAGUCCAUUUAUUGACUCCCGGGCAGGGUGUUCUGACACAGUUUUCUAUUUGCAUCCAGUGAAUGCGUACAGUCCGAGAGAUUAUACUAGUAUCUGCAAAUAUACUGAUCCAUAUGUGGGACCUCUUGGAUCAAGUCACUUGACUUUUGAAGCUACUGUCCUUGCAAGGCGAGAGUCUGAUGGCUUCUUUUACCUGGGCACAAUCAAGCAAGAGAUAAGGAAAGGAAUAUUCCUGAUUGAGUUUGACAAAUCUACUAUGGAUCAAGAUGGGAACUGUCAAAUCUCUGUGCAGGAGACUGCAUUAUAUGACAUUAUUCAGUACAAUGAAGGAAUGAGGCAUUCUGUGGUCCCUGGUGAUUAUGUAUUAGCACCUUGGGAAUCAGAUGGAAACAGAUAUGGUCCUGGAAAAGUGAUAACUGGAAUUGAGACCAGAGAUCCUCUGCAAGCAAUGGAAGAUGAUGAAAUCUCUGUAAAGUUCUGGAAUGGAAAAGCUGUCACUGUUUCCAAAAACGUAGCCAUGUGGAUUCCACCUGCUAUGUAUGAAAGAGUUUUACAGGAGCUGUUAACUCCGUUAUUAUCAAGGCAGCAGCUAGCGGAUGAUGAAUUAGCUCCUUGCCGUGAUGUUUGUCUGCAUAGGCUGCAAAUCGAAUCAACCUGCAAGUGCCACUUUGAACCACCGUGCACCCAGUCCUGGUGUUUGGGUUUCCCUGGCCUGGAUCCAUGUAAGAGUUACUGGCAUGGGUUCUAUCAUGGCUUCCAUUAUUUGCCAGUCCACCAUCCAUGUUACUGUUUCCCAGAAGUGAUCCCUCCUGCGGCAUGGUGGCCAGAAACUGCAAAAUGUCCUAACUCAACAGCUUCUGAUAAAGAUGAACUAGACAAGAAGAUUACCUUGCAGCUUCAGGAAUUAGAUAUUCCAAACAAGAAAACUUCUGAUGAAAACUUGCUGACUUUACUUUCUUCCUCUUCAUCAUCUGAAGAUUCUGAUAGUUGCCCAGAGACAACUGUUAGGAAAACUACUUUACAAGAUAGGGCAGUGAAUACAGAUUCUCUGUUGAAGAAGACAAAAAUCCAAGUAAUACACAGGCCUGAAUGGAAGUACUGGAGCCAAAGUCACCAAGGGCCACAUCAAAAAGACCCAGGAACUUUGCCUUCAAGUCCAUUGAGAAGUGCCUCUGACUGUGGUCAGCUAAAAUCUUCCAUGCAGCCUCAGAACCCUCGACCAACAAACUGCAGCGCAAUGUUUAAAAGUGUUGACCAUGCAUAUCCUCUGAACAGAGUCACAAUGAAAGACAUCUUGACACAACAAAAGCAUCACACCACAUCACCCACUGGGCUGCAGGGUGCACCCAUUCAAGAGCGUUUGGGAGAGAACCAGUUGUCACUUGACUGUCAACAUCAGGAGGCUAUACAGAGAUCAAGAAAGAAAAAAUUGCAACGACGUCAGUGGGAGAAAGACCGAGAACAGCAAUGUCAGGACAAGUAUCAAAGCAUCCAGGAAAAUCGCAGGGAGAAAGUGGUUCGCCGUCUACAGAACAAUUUUAGACAGGUAGAAGAGAGAGAGCAGAAGUUGGAGAAAACGGAGAGAGCGAAGCAGUAUUUGCAGCAGCAGACUCAAGCCAGGAUCCAGUCUAUCGCUUCCGAGGACAAGGAGAGAGAAGCCCGCAGGUUGGCCCACCUUCAGCAGGUGACUGCAAGGAAGGAUAUGAUGGAGGCCGAGAAAAUGAAAGCAGAUGAAAUAAAAGAGAUCCAGCUGCAGGAAGCAAGAAGGAAACGAGUGGAGCAACACAAUAAAAUGGUGGCGGAAAAGUUCAGUGAAGCAGAAAAGCUGAUCUAGGAACAAGAGACAAAAAUGCAUCAAAGGAGACAGGUUUCACCAUUUUAUAAGGAAAUUAAGCAGGUUCAAUCUAUGCAUUUGGCAGCUUUGUGACUCUUUUGUAUCUAAGUGAAAACAAGUUUCUACAAAGUGAUCUAAAUUAAUUACAAUUAUCAAACACAAAAUAACUGAUUGCAGAAGUAUUCACCUCCUUCCAGUUGGUAUUUAGUAGAUACACCUUUGGUAGCAAUUACAGCCUUGAGUCUGUGUGGAUAGAUCUCUAUCAGCUUUCCACAUCUGUACACUGCAAUUUUCCCCCCAAUUCUUCCUUACAAAACUGCUUAGGCUCUGUCAGAUUGCAUGGGGAUCGUGAGUGAACAGCCAGAAAUUUCAUUUGGAUUGAGGGCUGGACUCUGACUUGGCCACUUCAGGAAAUUAACUUUGUUGUUUUUAAGCCAUUCCUGUGUAGCUUUGGUUUUGUGCUUGAGGUCACUGUCUUGCUGGAAAACAACUCUCCCAAGUCGCAGUUCCCUUGCAGACUGCAUCAGGUUUUCUUCCAUUAUUUCCCUGUAUUUGCUGCAUUCAUUUUAACCUCUACCUUCACAAGCCUUUCAGGGCCUGCUGCAGUGAAGCAUCCCCACAGCGUGAUGCAGCCACCACCAUGCUUCAUGGUAGGGAUGGUGUGUUUUUGAUGAUGUGCGGUGUUUGCCUUACGCUGAACUUAGUGUUUAGUCUGUUGGCCAAAAAGCUCAAUUUUGGUUUCAUCAGAGCAUAGAACCUUUUUCCAGCUGACUUCAGAGUCUCCCACAUGCUUUCUGGCAAACUAGCUGAGAUUUCAUGUGUUUUUUUUCCACAGUGGUUUUCUCUUUGCCACUCUCUCAUAAAGCUGCGACUGGUGAAGCACCCGGGUCACAAUCGUUGUAUGUGCAGUCUCUCCCAUCUCGGCCGCUGAAGCUUGUAACUCCUCCAGAGUUAUCAUAGGUCUCUUGGUGGCCUCCCUCACUAGUCCCCUUUAUGCACGGUCACUCAGUUUUUGAGGACAGCCUGCUCUAGGCAGAUUUACAGCUGUGCCAUAUUCUUUCCAGUUCUUGAUGAUUGACUUAACUGUCCUCCAAGGGAUAUUCAGUGACUUCUAUAUUUGUUUGUAUCCAUCUCCUGACUUGUAUUGUGCUUUUCAAUACAUUUUUCGCAGAGUUGCUUGGAGUGUUCUUGUUAUCUUCAUGGUGUAGUUUUGGCCAACUUACUGAAUCACCAGUAGUUACACUUCCAGAUACAGGUGUAUUUUUACUACAAUCAAUUGAAACAACUUGACUGCACACAGGUCUCUUAAAACUAAUUAUGUGACUUCUAAACCAGUUGGCUGCACCAGUGAUGAUUUGGUGUGUCAUAUUAAAGGGGGGUGAAUACUUGUGUAAUCAAUAAUAAUUGUUUUAUAUUUGUAAUUAAUUUAGGUCACCUUUUAGAGAUCUGCACUUUGACAGGAAAGUCUUCUUCUGUUGAUCAGUGUCAAAAAAGCUAAAUUAAAUCCACUGUGAUUCAAUGUUGUAAAACAAUAAAACAUGAAAAUUUCCAAGGGGGGUAAAUACUCUGUACAGGUACUAUACACAUGUAUAAUGUAUCCAUUGUGGAUUCUGAUUGACUGGGCCAUCAGUAAAUUGAGGCAUCAAGGUAGCCACUUAUUUGGGACAAAUCUUAAAGAUCAAAAACUAAUUGAGAAAUUCUCUGUUUAUUUGGAACACUUUGCUAUUUAAUUAGGGAAGGAGAUUGUUGCUGAACAAUUUCUAACCAACAUCAGACACAUACAAUUGUGUGGCUAUUGGUCAUUACACAAUUUUUAAAUAGCUCAGUUGCAUGCCUUUGUGUUCAAAAAGCAGUGUUUUUGUUACUGAUAGUUGGUGAGAAGUAAGCAGUAAGAAAAUUCAGAACUGUUUUGCACAUUCAGGUUAGGAGAUGCUAGAAAAAGCCUCAGUGUAAAUGAAAUGAUUUCACUACUAAACUAUGAGGAAUUUAAAGUUGUCAACAAUCUUGAACACUACAAUGAAAAUGAAGGUUUGGAGGAUACAAUUGCUGAAAGUAUUGUAUGAAGGCAGUCCAUUAUCUACAGUAGGUGUCUGCACUGAUUUUGUUCAUUUACAGUCAAACAAAUACACCAACAUACUCUGGAUGAAUUCAUCUGUCAAUAACAAUUAGGAAUUAAUACAUGGUUUUAUAGUGCUGUAGUAGUAUUAGUCGUGUUCUAAUUUGUUCCAUGUUUCAUUUAAGUAUGUAAUUUGUUACUCAGUUAAAUGGUAGUUUGUUUUAUUAUACCUUUUAGAUUGUUUCCAUGAAAAUUCGACUGAGGCAUACGUAUAAUAGUAGAUUUAAAAAAGAAUGUAUAUAUACUUUUUAAUCUGUUACUACUUUUUUCUAUUAAUUCUUUCCCCCUUUUUAAAUGCCUGAGAUAAUAUCUAUUAUUGUUGCUGUCCUCAUUGGCUAGUCCCAGUUGGAGGCUGUUGUAAUGCUUUUGGUAUGAAACAGUAACAAGUACUCCAGGAUCAAGUGGGCAAAGCUUAAAAUGUCCCCCAUUCCUUUGGAAAUGUAAUAAAUUGGAAUGUAGAUAUAUUUAAAAAAAGAUGUUUUCAUUUGAAUGACAGCCCCACACUCAAAUGAGCCACGUAAGAGUAAGGAUCAUGGUAUUUUCAUAUUAUAGCCUACUUGCUGGAUGCAUUUAAGAUGGAAAUCAGCCAAUUAAUCAAAAAGUGUUUCUGUUCUUGAAGUCCAGUUAUUGUGUUUCAAUUAUAUCAGCUGUGUUUGAAAUAGUCAACAUCACUUGCAACAUUCACAUUUGCAAGUAGCAUUUAAUAGAUAAUUUAAUCCACAUAAACAUUAGUUCUUUUAAUAACUUGUGACUUUUGCACAAUUUAAACUGGUACCUCUCUUCAUCAAAGUCAGGAGAUUCUGACCUUCAGUCCUAAUUUGAAGUCUUUAGCAUAAGAAAUUAGACUGAUACUGUCAUACUGAGUACUACAUCGUCAGAGGUACUUUGCUGAUGUUUUAGGAAGGCUCUCUAGCACCAUUUUGAAGGGGGAGAAUAGAAGUACUGCUUUUUUUUUUACAUCUCAAAGCAAUUAAAUCUAUGAUAAUUAUCUCAAUAUUGUUUGGGGGAGCUACCACAUUUCCUACAUUACAACUGUGACUACUAUUCAACUUCAUUGCCAAUGAAGUACAUUUAAGAUACUCUGAAAGAAAAAGUGUAAAUGCAAGUUUCUCCUCCUUCCUCUUCCUUCUUGGAAUAGGUCUCACUGAAUUUUAAGGAAUUACUGCACAGGGUUCCAAUAUUUAGCCUUUCUUGUUCAUGCAGCCAAGUCACUGCAAUUAAUCUAUUUCUUAGCCUGUAUUGUUGAGGGGUUAGCAUGCCAUAUAUCACUGCAAGUAUCUUUUAAAAUGAAUGUUUUUGCCUCAACCACUCUGUCAAAUGGCGAGUUCCAGAGCCCCAAUCUUCCUCAAGUUCCAUCAACUCAUUCUAUCAUGUCCAUCUUUGAGUUCUACCUUCUAUUUGCCAUUUCUUUAUGUUUUAAUAUUGCAGUUUGAUCUCCCCUCAGCUACCCCAACCAUCAGUUUGUAAACCUUCAGAAAAGCUCUUUAAAAAUCUGAGUGCCAUGUUGUAGCAUUGGUCCUCUAUACUCUUCAAUCUCUUCUUCUUUAUUGGCUUAAAAGCUACCUCUCUGAUCAAACUUUUGAUUACUGUUCCAAAUCUGAGUCUUUGACCCCCUGUGUCUUUGUGUGUCACCAGGGAACACUUCUUCCAAUUAAGAUGACAUCAGGUUGCCUUGCGUCGUGGCUGCCGUAAAAUCAAUAAUCUUGUUUGAAUUGUAGCCUAGUCAUUUUGCAAAUAUAUAAUUAACCUUUGAAGAAUGCAUUAUAUUUUAAUCCCAUCCUAUAAAGACUAAUAUUGAAUUUUUUUAAAAAAAUGAGUUAAAUGUUUGAAGUAGCGAUAUUAGAUUCUUUCAAUGGAAAGUAGAGGCAGAAAGAUUAUUCAUGGAUCAUUUAUUAUGAAAUUUUCCAAGAUCUAAUACUACUAGAUUUUACUGUUUAUCAUAUUGAACUGAUAAUGGAUGUAGUUAGACAUUUUAAUAAAGCACA